UUGACCCACUUCACUCCAUCCCCUACCUGCUCUCGAUCCCUCAAACCUUGCAACCAUGGCAACUAUAAAUAGUCGUCCACAUCUAAAGCCAAAACCAUCCACAUCCUCUCCUGCUCUCACUUGGCAAAGCACUACUAGCUAUGAGAAUGAGCAUGACAGGCCAGCUCAAGGGUCACCUAUGGCUGGUCUUCACCAUGUUGUUCGUCACUUUUGCAAUGCAUAGCGAGGGAGCGAGCAGCUUCGCACCACCAUCUCUCUCCAUAUCACCAACAUACGAUCCAGUUAUUAAGGUGAUAGGGAAGGUGUACUGCUACAGAUGCUUCAAUGAGGCACACCCAGAUGAAUCACAUGGGAAGAAGCACCUGGAAGGAGCCAUGGUCAAGGUCACUUGUCAGGCAAAUGACCAAGCACUAGUGGCAUUUGGCUACACCAAAAGCAAUGGCAAAUACAGUGUGAUCCUUAAGGGCUUGCCAAUUAGCAACAACUAUGGGGCUGACUCGUGUAAGGUUGAGCUUCAUGGAGCACCAGGAGGAUCAGACUGCAAUGUGCCAAUUGAGUUAAAUUUGUCUGGGCUCAGUGUUUACUCCAAAUCAAGCGAGGAGGUGGUUUUUAAAGCAAACCAGAUAAUGGCAUUUGCAUCAAAGAAUACAUUUGGUUGUUCCAAACCACAGACGCAACCACCGAUCCAUCCCUACAGUUCCCCACCACUCCCUUACCAGUAUCCCUCGCCUCCGGCAAUUCACAAGUCUCCACCACUGCCUUAUCAAUAUUCACCACCACCUUCUAACCAGCUUCCACCCCCAGCAUACCAGUACCCAUCACCACCACAAAACUACUACAUUUCGCCGCCACCUUACCAACAGUCUAUGCCUCCGAAUAACUAUCAAACUCCACCAACUUCACAAGGCACCAAGUCUCCAGUACAACCCCACAAGUAUCUACCACCUCCAUACUACUACAACUCUCCACCACCACAACACCAACACAACUAUGUGCCUCCACCACUAGUUUACCAGUACCCGCCACCUCCAUACAUCAACAAGUCACCACUUCUACCAUCAUCACCGGUGACUCCAUACCACUAUAACUCUCCACCUACAUACCAGUAUUCACCACCUCCAUAUAACUACCUGUCUUCACCGCCACCUGCCCAGUAUUCCCCACCAUUACCUCCAAAUGCUCCAAAACAUCUACAUCCAAAUGCCCCCCAUGCAAAAUCUCCACCAGCAUCUCCACAACCUCUUUACCAGUACAACACCCCACCACCUCCAAAUGAUGUCAUGCCAUCGACAAUGCCACCUCUGCACUCCUACCAAUCCCCACCGCCAACGAACCAGCUAUCUUGAGCAUCGGUACCAGUUCUAUGCAAGUGACCAGGCACGAGCAAAUAAACGAAACAAGCUGAAGCCCAUGUUGAUUCUCAAGAGGAAGGAGUGUCAUAGCUGGAGCCUUCAGCUUCCAUCAGUAUUCUAUAUGUAGAGUUUGUCCAUUGCAUUAUCUAGAGUUGUUGCAGCUUUCAUUUCUUGCCUAUAGCUAUUUCAGCAAUGUAAUCAUAAGUUAAAUGAGCUUUCUUAAUAGCUCUAUCAAUCCAAUAUAUGGUGUGUACUCCUUGCGGCUAAAAAAAUUGAGCUUUCUUGUUUAUGCCCUUACUUGCCAUUUGUCAAGAAGAUGGGACGAAUCAGAAAUUCAGAA